AUGGCUUUCCCUUUUGUUGGGUACUUGUUUAAGCGGCUGUAUCCGCCGCCUCAAUGGCAGUUGAUAGAUGUUCUCCCACAAGCCCGAUCCCUGCACAGCGCGGCUGCCAUCGAGGAGAAGAUGUAUGUGGUGGGAGGAUGCUCCGCGGACCGAUACUUGAACGAUGUGCUGGUUUUGGACUUGGGAAGCUUGAAGUGGUCGACAGCCCAACCUUGUCCCGUGUCGUGCGCCGGCCAUUGCCUGUUAGCAGGUGGAAGAACGCUCUUUCUCGUUGUUGGCAUUCCGUCUGAUGAAAAGAUGCGCGUCUAUGAAUUUGACACGAAUAUCAAUGAGUGGUCACUUGUGGAAACGGCGGGAGACAUUCCGGCUGCAACUCGUGGUCACUCCGCCACCCUGGUCGGGAGCAAAAUAUGGGUGUAUGGCGGUGUGGACUUUCAGGGUCAGCUGCAGCCUCGGGUACAUGCACUCGACCUGGAAAGCAAGCAGUGGGAGCUGGUUAACGCAAGUGGCUCCAUCCCGCCACCGCUUGCUUUCCAUGCUGCGGUGCAUAAAGGCGAUCAUCUCUACCUUUUUGGAGCUGGUUCAUCUGGCUUUUGCAAGAACCUAUACGCACUGAAUCUCGUAAAUCGUCAAUGGUCCUGGUAUCCAGAUCAAGGUCCGACCCGCGUACCUGCAGCACGUUUUGCAACUGCUGCCACUGGAGACGAGUGCUAUCUUGUUGGUGGCGCUACAGAAGAAACCAUGCGACUGAACAUGGAGUCUUUGAAGUGGACCGUAGUGUGCGCUGAACCUCGUUUGGCUACUGACAGCCUGAGCAUGGUGCACGCGAGAAUCAAGGGUCGAGGCGCUCUGAUUGCUUCAGGGGGAAAUCCGUUUAGCGUCUUUCUACUCAAGACUAUGAAGUCAUAUCCAGUGCUGCCGCAUCCGAUGGGCAAGUGCCAGGUCAGGGGCGUAGACGGGUCACUUCUGGCGCUGUUUGAUAUUCCAGACGCAGGGGAGCAGGCUCUUGAGAUUACAGACAGGGCGUGGAGGAAGGUGGGGGACAGAGGCUUCUUGGUGAGGGACGGCCGUCCUCUGGAACGUAACGCCGCCAUCUUUCCCGGAGACGAGCUAACAUUCCACCGGAGUGAUUCUGUUGGAGUAGCUAGCAUUCAACGUAACAGAACGUGUGAGGUCCAUCUCAUGACACUUGAAGACUGUAAGCUUGUCCUCGCCCGGGUGAAGAUCGAGGUUAUGAGAGGGGAAGGGUGGCUAAACCCACGGGAGGAAAUCGAGUGCGAAGCCUUCGCAGGGUGGAAUAGCAGGAGGCCACGGGAGAUGGUAACGUACCUGGAGGAGCAUGCCAAAGUUGGCGAUCUUUUCAGGCUGCCGCAUGUAGUUGACGGCGAUGGCAUAGACUUCGUGCAGGAGAUAUGGAGCUCGACCGCGGGUGAGGAGUUCCCCUACACCCUCCGCUUCGCGCUGGACGUGAUGCUCGUGUACAUGUGUGUGGCCGAGGACGUCAUCAUUGGCUACUCUAUCAAGGAAGAGAUUAACGAGCUGCACAUAUGGAGGGCGCUCGUGAUGUUGCUGGGAGUGAACAUCAAAUGCCGCACCCUCAAGCCGUGGGUGGUGAUCACGGACCUCAAAGACGAGUGGCACUUCGCGUGGAUGGACUGGCCACGCAUGUACGUGUGCAAGGCGCGGAGCAGGAGCCAGGGACUGGGGAUUGUCCAGGACCUGUGCAACGACUACAACCUGGUGACAUCGCCUGAGACGGCCGGCGUGCUCUCGAACCUGCCCAGCGUCUACACUCGCGCUUGCUCGGGGUUCAAGUGUGAUUUUGAUGAGGAGACACGGCUGAUGUUCUCCCCUCACCCGGUUGCGGUUUGGAGGAACGACACACUCGAGCCAUAUAGACCUGAGGGGGAAGGGUAUUAGCUUAUCAACUUUGGUGGUAAAUGUUUUAGUAGCCAAGUUUGAG